UAGCUUCGUCCAUAGUUAGAACACGGGCGAAAGUUCGUCGUUCAAAGCAGUAAAAAUGUAAAUUUAAUAGCAAUGUGAUACCGCAUUCAGAGACAACAUGUUGAAAAACAAAUAUCAAAGUCAAUGGCGAAACACACUCGCGUAAAGGUCUCGCGAGUUUAUGAAUUGAUCUCUUGAAAAAAAGAAUUUCAUAUGUUGCACAGAGUUUAUUCUUCGCAUGCGUAAGCGAUAAAAUUGUAUAUAUCAUCACAAGUACGGCGGACGUGCUUGCUAAGAGAUUAAUUUGUUCUGGUGAGCAUUUUAUUCUCAUUCAUAUCAGUGUAGGCUGCAAGUGGAAAAAUAAGGCUUUGCAAAUUCAAGUAUAAGGUGUGAGAGUAAUGGCAGCUGGAAAAGUAAUCUCGAAAAGGUACCAAAUUGUCGUUAGUAGCAGGUGAGCCAGCUCAUUCACUAUCAUGAAAACGCCCCCAUCACAACCUCAAAACGGUGGAGGUGGUACUGCCACAAUUGCUGUCAAAAAUGGAGAUGAGAAUAAUACUCGUUAUCCUCGUACUGUCAAGUCCAACAAUUACAUCAAUGGUGCUCCAAAAAUAGGUAAACAGCAAUUGGUUUCUCUAAAUGGUGAUUCAAUUUGCUGCAACAGUGUAAACAACGAUGAAGCCUUAGCUUGUGAUGUGACACCAGCACCAACAAAAACUAAGACCAAAGCAUUAUGCGUGCAUAUCAGAGAGAACAAAUGGUACGAUGCUGGCAACGUCGUAUCAGUAGGAGUUGCUGGAACGAGCUUGAACAAGGCUCUGGAAAGUAUGUCUUUGGCUUAUAGUCCAACAACAAAAACUAUAUAUUCUCUGGAUGAGGUACCAAUGAUAAAUGGUAAAGAGUUGUCUCAUUCUGGUGACUCAUUACCCACCCUACGAAUAGAGAUCGACACCUGCUUGACUAAAGAAGACUUGCAGAAUAGUAGCAAUAAUAGUUCUAGAAAUAGUUUACCUCGUUCGUGCAGCAGCACAGUGUCAUCUCUUAGUGAGUGUUCACCAGCCAAUAGUCUAGUGGGCAGCAAUGAUGAUUCACAAGUCUCUCCCAAGUCCAAUAAGUCAUGGAUUCUCAACUCAGGUUUCAUGAAAAAUGUGUUCUCUUGGAAGGCCAAAGAUCCAUCACAAACGCAGCCAAACAGCCCAUCUCGUAACUCUGAUAAAAUAGGUGGUAGUCUUGCACUUAUCCAGCAGUGUCGACCAGCCAAUUUACCGGCAAAAAGCGCAACGGAGGAGGAGAAUCACCGUCGCCAGUAUAAUGCCAUUCUUGAAGCUGCACGCAAACGAGAACAGCGAGAGGAGCGUGAACGGCGUCUUCAACGAGAAAUGCAACUGCGAGAAGAAGAACGGCUAGCCGAGGAUUCGCAGACAUGGACUGGGCAAGUGCUUCCUCGCUUUGACAUCGUCAAAGACACCAAAAAGGUUCGCGACCUAUGGUGGCGAGGUCUACCACCGAGCAUCCGUGGUAGAGUCUGGAGAUUGGCAAUUCACAACAGCCUGAAUUUGACUCCGCAUCUGUACAAUUUAUGUCUGGACCGAGCUAUGUCGAAUCCACAAAACGAGAGCCUCGCUUCCAUUAAACUCGACGUCUCACGAACUUUUCCGACUCUAUGCGUUUUCCAAAACGGUGGUCCACUAUCCGAGAGCUUGCAGGGUAUCUUGGCAGCUUAUGCGGUUUAUCGGCCUGACAUUGGUUAUGUACAAGGCAUGAGUUUCAUCGGAGGGGUGCUGUCGCUAAACAUGGACGCGCCAGACGCUUUUAUCUGUUUCGCUAAUUUGCUCAACCGGCCUUGUCAUCUCGCCGCCUUCACUCUCGAUCAGCGACAGAUGGGCGUCUACUACAAAGCCUACUCCAACGCUCUGGCUAAUAAAUUGCCAAAGGUCUAUGCCCACUUCCUCGCUUCGGGUCUUACUCCCGACCUCUACCUCCUUGACUGGCUGUUCACCAUUUACGCCAAGUCUAUGCCACUGGACGUCGCCUCUCGAAUUUGGGAUGUGUUUCUACGUGAUGGAGACGAAUUUUUGUUUAGAACAGCACUUGGAGUUUUGCACCUAUACCAGGAUGAGCUACUGAAGAUGGAUUUUGUCAGAGGAGCGCAGUUCUUGACGAGACUACCUGAGAACAUGCAGGCGGACGCGUUGUUCAACAGUAUUAGUCAAAUGUCAACGGUCAUCGGAACGACCACCUUCCAGCAGAUGUUGGCGCAAAUUUCUGCCACGGCUACGUGAAUCCGAAUAUCUUUCGCGCGUAACUUUGGUUUCUGAGAUGACAAUGAUGAUGUUUCAAGGGUAAGAAAGUUCCAUUGGCCGCGGGACAAACGUUUAGCUUUUUAUUGAGGUUGAUUGAGUCGGUCAAGUCAAAAUGGAUAAUGGUUUUUAUUGAUCAUCAUUACAGAUCUUUUACUGCCACUUAUUAUCCGUGUAUAUCACAUAUUUUUUUUAGUUUGUUGCCGGUGUCUAUUUGCAUUACAAUCUUUGUAAUAUAUUUAUAUUUAUUUGUUUAAUCUGUACAGUUAUUGCUACAUUAUCUAAGUUUAUCUCGAAUUAUUUCUAUGUACUCAUUGCAAUCGCAUGUGAAAUAAGUAUAAAUACGAAUAAUUUUAUUUACACUCGAAUAUAUUUUAAUAUGUUUUGUCUGUUGACGUACUAAUUUUACUAUAAUUGAAUAUUUAUGCACUUGUGUGAUACAUUCCAAUACUGAUGGAACUUUCUGACUCGAUCAAUUUGAGCGAAUCGUUUGGCUGAUUGAUCUUUUGCGUUGCGACAGAGAGGAAACAAAAAUAAACGCUAUAGUACUGAAUCUAGUGCCAAGUUUCCUAAACGUGCACGCUUUUAUCAGCUUUUUUUCUCAUUGCGGACGAGAAUCUCGGUAGUUUUUUAAACGGUUUACACGUAUUUUUUAACUAUGUGAUAACUGAGAGGAAUUAUUAAAAGCUGUAACUUUAAGAAACCUCGUGGUUCGAAAAAAAUAAACGUAGUGUAUAUUUUUCGUUUGUACGAGAAUCAUUUUACAAAAGUUAUUUCUAUCUAUUUUCAUCCACCAAGUCUAGGCAUUAGGAUAUAAAGUAAUGAAAAUAAUGCUCGUUUUUGCUGAGGAUUGCUUUUUAAAAGCCAAAGAAAAUUCAUUCUACGCAGUUUGAGUGAUCUCUUUUUUGAUACGAAAGAUGAACCGAUAAUGAAUACUUUAAUAGCAAUAUUUUGUGUAUAUUAUGGUGAUUUUUGUAAACUACGAGUUUUUUUCAUUGUAGUGCUAAAUAACGUGUUUAAAGCAGAACUCAAGCUUAUCAAAUGAUUAUUUUCACGCUAUUAUUGACAUAUCGAAAAAAAGAAAAAAAUAUAAAGCUCAGCAAGUCUGAUCGUUUCAACGUUUGAUAAAAUUAUAAAUUGUGCAAUAUCGAACCUGUUUAAGAUUGCUGUUAAACACCGUAAUAUUCAAUUUCAUCAAAUUACAUUUUGUUGUUUUUUUAUUGUUAUGAGUAUGUUUUUUUGUUUAUUUUAUGUUAUUUUAAGAAAAAAUUGCAAUAACGUGCAACGAAGAAUUCUUAGAAAAAAAAUAUAUAAAUUGGAGUUAAUAAUUUGAGAAUGCUUUAAAUUGACCAGUGAUCUGUGAACGUUUUAUCAUUUUCAAUGAAGAUUGUCUGCUCAUUGAGUGUAAUAAACGCGCGGUUAUUGAACUAUUGAGGGAGUCAUUCAAGAUGUCUGGGAGAAUAAUGUAUCACGUGAAACAUUGAAAAGUAGUAAAUUGAGAGUUCACGAAAAAUUUAAACGUACGGUAGUAAAGAUUAGACUUAUUUGAUUUUUUUUAUAUAAUUCAGAGGUCGACGAUGAUACAUAUUUUUGUAACACGCUCGAAGUGCGAUAGUUUUGCUUAGAGCUGU